CUCCGACUCUUGUGUUCAAAGCAGUUGUCACUGUCUGGCAAGUGUUCUACACGUCAAACCAAGUACCGUCCUUGUGCUUGUCACGAAUGCCAGGGCUUCCGUUAGGGCCCUGACUUGGAAUCGCUGAGAAAAUGGGAUGACAGCGUUUAUAUGUUAAUGGGCCAGGAGCUGAAGAUCACACAGUUAUUCGGUGCAAACCUCGGCGUGGCUGCCCCAGUAUGGGAAUCCGCGCAACAAUUAUGUCAAUACUUUGAGGAGCAACAUGUGGAGUUGCGUGGCAGACGCGUCAUCGAGCUGGGAGCGGGCACCGGUGUCGUUGGGAUCUUAGCUGCUUGCCUCGGUGCAGACGUGACCCUCACAGACCUUCCUGUGACUCUUCCACAGCUUGAGGCCAACGUCUGUGCCAACAUGCCAUCCAGCGGUUGGCCUUCUGCCCCUCCCACUGUCCUCCCUCUGUCCUGGGGUGAGGACCACAUGAAGUUCCCCUCAGACUGGGACUUGGUCCUGGGUGCAGAUAUCGUUUACCUCCCCGAGACGUAUCCACUGUUAGUGGACACCCUGGCUCACCUGUGCAAGAAUAAGGCUGUGGUUUACCUCUCGUCCAAAAUGCGGAAAGAGCACGAGGCGCCAAGUUUUUUUGAAGAACAUCUGUCAAUGAGAUUUUGUGUACAACUUAUGCACCGUGAUGACAAUCAAAACAUUCAUAUUUACAGAGCGUCUCUCAGAAAAGCCCAGUAAGAACGUGGAUAUUCUACUCUUAGUGGAUUUUUUUACCACAGCAAGAUCGAUCAUGGCUGUAUUAUUUGGGGUCAGAAGCAAACGCCACAUUGUCACUUUUAUAUAUCUUAAUUUUAAAAUUGUAGUUGGUUUUAAAAAAAAAAAUUAUAGUGCAGCACAGUGAGGUAGUGGUUACCACAUCUGCCUUACAGUCGAGAGGUUCUGGGUUCCUGUGUGGAGUUUGCAUGUUUUCCCCGUGCUUGCGUGGGUUUUCUACAGGUACUCUGGCCCCCUCCCACAUUCCAAAUAGAUGUAGGGUAAUUGAAGACUCUAAAUUGUCCAUAGGUGUGAAUGGUUGUUGGUGUAUAUGUGCCCUGCGAUUGGCUGGUGACCAGUCCAGUGUGUACCCCACCUCUUGACCAAAAUCAGAUAGGGAAUAUGAAUGGGUGAAUGCAUGUUGGUGUGUUAUUGUUUACCUAAUUCUCUUGAGAAACAAUGAAAAUAAUCUUCAUGAUGAAGGUAAUUAUUGUAGUUGUAUAACUACUUCUUGAUGAUUUAGUUUGGUCAGAUUAUGUGAUAAUUUGAUAAUCAGAUUAGGGAUGGGCAUUUGAUUGCAGGUAAAUUUCCAUGAUCAGAUAUGGGAAACUCCAAACAAUGAAGUCAGUAGUUUUUACUGUUAAAAUAUAAAUUUUAGAAUAAUGUUCUGAACUCUUGUCCAUGCUAGUCUUUAUAUUGAGUAGAAUAUCUUCCCACACCUUUAGUAGAAUAACAAGACAACACUAAGAAUAAGAAGAAGAACACCCGUUGUCAUGUUGUUCUUCAGAACAAAAACCAGUUGAGACUGAAUUUUGCUGAAAGAAAAAUAGCGGACCCCGUUUUGCCUCAAUUGCUUCAAGAAAUGAUCGCGCGACAAUCUAUUUCACGACACAUUCCACUCAAUUCUUAAUCAAUUCCUCAACUAAUCAUUUAAAAUACUUAGUCUUAAUAUCAGUAUUAACUUUUUACAUCAUAUUUUGAAAUAUGCAAAUGUUAAGCAUGACAUCUUUUUAAAAAUGUUUAAAUCAUUUACGGGCGGCACGGUGGCCGACUGGUUAGAGCGUCAGCCUCACAGUUCUGAGGUGCGGGGUUCAAUCCCCGUCCCCGCCUGUGUGGAGUUUGCAUGUUCUCCCCGUGCCUGCGUGGGUUUUCUCCGGGCACUCCGGUUUCCUCCCACAUCCCAAAAACAUGCAUUCAUUGGAGACUCUAAAUUGCCCGUAGGCAUGACUGUGAGUGCGAAUGGUUGUUUGUUUCGAUGUGCCCUGCGAUUGGCUGGCAACCAGUUCAGGGUGUACCCCGCCUCCUGCCCGAUGACAGCUGGGAUAGGCUCCAGCACGCCCGCGACCCUAGUGAGGAGAAGCGGCUCAGAAAAUGGAUGGAUGGAUGGAUAAAUCAUUUACACAAAAUUUGCUGGCUUUAAAUGACUUAUUAAAUAAAAGGAAUGAUGAAAACACACAAUGUUCAAGUUUGUACUUUUACAUGUAAUCUCAUGUAUGUAUACGUCGAGUGUGGAAUUUUAAUGAAUGAGAAUUUACGUUAAAGAACUUCAGCAAAACAGACAAGUAAAACCUUCAAAGUCGAACAAAAUCUGUUUUAUGCUUGUUGACUUUCAAAUUGAUUCCCAUUGAAAAUAAUGCCAAGAGUUUUAUUCCAGAGUUAAACUGUCACUGCUAUGAAAACAACUGAAUAGGCAAUGUUUUAGGUUCCAUUUUAACAUUCAAAACAGCUAUACAAGUGUAGAGACCUUAGCCACUGUUUAUUUCAGCUAAAACAAGGUAAACCUACUCACCCGUUGAAGAUGCCUAACAGAUGCAUCACAAACAGGAAAGUGUUUGGUUGUUGAUACUGUUGACUAAGGAUGUUUUAUAGCUACUGCUGGAAUUAAGUUUUGUGUAGCGUAUGAUAAACAUAUUAGACGUGUGCCAGAAAAUUUCCAGGAGUAUUGUCACAAAAGAUAUAUUUCAAAUCCAAAACUACACGUCUUCAAAACAGGUCCCAUUGAUGACCUCCUUGAGCUUGGAAAGAGAAACUGGGAGGUUGCUCCAGUACGGCAAUAUUCUUGGCCAGUAAGUUUCAGAUGUUGAGGGCCCCUUGAGCACGCGCGCUGUCAUGGUGAAGAAGCCACGAGUUGUCUUGCCACAUCUCUUGCACAAUGAACAAUGCAUACGCUGCUGGAUCUCUUCAUAAAGAUGCUAGUUCAUCAUCUGGCCUACAUUGAAGGGGAACAUUUUUUGUUUGUUGUUUGGCUUUGAAAUAUGUCUUAUCGUAGUUGCUUGGUAAAAUUAAUUUGUCUGAAAUUGAUCAUUAAUUUUAUUACUGGCAUUGUAGUGAGCACAGACAAUUUCCUGUCACAGUAAGUUCUGUUUCCUGUUCUAUGGUUAUCACACUUUUCCAAUUUGUUGUCACUUUGCUCUUCACUGGUGGUAUCACAGAAAAACAAAAUGAAAAGUAAAACAAGUGAGGUUAAACAUUUUGACGCUCAACUGUUGACAGUUUUCAACUCCUAACUUGACUUUUAUAAAUCAAACGUCACUCCAAAUUGCACCACAAGAUUUCAUUGUAGAUUUAACUGAGACUUUUGAGCCCGUAACAAUGAUCUUCCCACCCCCACCAACUAUUCUGUCAACAUCAACAGAUUGCUCUGCCUGUGGGUCACUGUCUGCCAUGAUGCUUCAUCCGCUCACUCCCUCACUCUGCUGAUGUACUGACUUUCUGUUCACCAAAGGAAAGCCUGUUUGUCACGCUGGAGAGUUCCGAAGAAAAGGAAGGCAAGCCAUCCGUUGGCCUUCUCGCCGUGUGCUACAAUCGAGUCGACAAAGCAAUUGAUCCCCAACCCCCCCCCCCCCCAUUUCCAUGCAGCUUCUGUCACACUGAGAAGGGCGUUCAGUCAUCAUUAAUUGGGAAAAGUUAGGGAAAGUUUAUGUUGACCGACUCAAUAUCAAUGUGUGAUUGUAGCAAGAUUGUCCGGAACUAUGUCAAUGUAAUAAAUAAAUAACUAAAAUCUCAAACCUGUA